GAGAUAAUGAGAGAGAAUGAGCCUGCUGAUAAUUUUGCCCUACUAGCUACAUGUCUGGUUACGUGUUUUGGCUUCAUCCAGCUCUCUCUCACCUCUUAAAAAUGGCUUUUCGGCGUCAUUCAAUAGCAGCCAACGUCGGGAGCCGUCUCUAGAGCGAUCGACGCCUGUGCAUUAAUCAUUUUCUGUAUUUACCACUCACAAUUAGCUUGUACAAGUACCUCUGGCUCCCAUGUUCCCAACCGGAUAAUGACCUGACAGGCACUUCCUACAAAAACACAGGCGCGCAAGUGCUCACGGUAAAUGUAGUUUUACUGGCAAGCAAAAAGAGAUGACAGGCUCGAUUGGUUCACCCUACUAUCUUUUAAUGUUAUCUUCUUACGAAGUGACAGUCAAUCGAUCGGCGAGAGUAAUCCAAGUUAUGAUUUACACCAUCCGUUCUUAGCAAAGGGUAAAUAGUAGAAAAUAGUAGCAAGUCCGUUUUUUUGCAACCGCUACAUAACUAGCUAACUAGUGCCAGUAACUCAAACUAGCUAAUGCUGUUGCUAGCCUCUACUCGACUCACCUGCACGAGGACUGCAUUCCAGCAUUGCAAAAUGACUUCUCCGUAUUUCUCUCUCAGCAACAACGGUAUUGAGACUCGUAGUGGAAACAACACCGUACACAGUCUGAAGUCGAGAAUGGCUCAGCGCAAGGGAGAGGUGACGAAGAACAGUUGCUCAACGGUGCACGUGAAGCAGGAGGAGGAGGGGGAGGAGGGCAUUUCAAUGCUGUCCCAGUCGACAGGUGAGGCGUCCAGGUUAACCAUCAUCCCUCCCACCCCUGACACGGCCAUGCCCCUGUUGCCCCCGUUGCCCCCGGCGCCAGCCCGUCCCUGCAGGAUCAGGAAGAGGCAUGUGAAGGUGGAGUAUGAGGAAGGGGCGGGGCCUGCGACGGAGCGCUGGGAGCCAGCUGAUUGGAGGAGCCAGCUGAGGAACGUCAGGGAGAUGAGGAAGGAGAAUGACGCUCCCGUGGACAAGAUGGGGGCGGAGCAAUGCUACGACGAGCACGCCCCUGCUGAGGUGAGGCGUUUCCAGGUGCUGGUGUCCCUCAUGCUGUCCAGCCAGACCAGGGACGGAGUGACAGCGGGGGCCAUGCGGAGGCUGAGGGCUCAUGGUCUGACGCCUGCCCGCCUGCUGACCACCGACGACCACACCCUGGGGGAGCUCAUCUACCCUGUGGGCUUCUGGAGGACCAAGGUGCGCUACCUGAAGCAGACAGCAGCUCUGCUGCAGCAGCAGUUCGGGGGGGACAUCCCCUCCUCCGUGGAGGGUCUGGUGAGCCUGACAGGGGUGGGGCCCAAGAUGGCUCACCUGGCCAUGCACAUCGCGUGGGGACAGGUCACUGGCAUCGGUGUGGACACACACGUGCACCGUAUCUCCAACCGUCUGGGCUGGACCAGGAGCCCGACCAGGAACCCAGAGAGCACGCGCAAGGAGCUGGAGGAGUGGUUACCACGAGAGCUGUGGAGUGAGAUCAACCUGCUGCUGGUGGGUCUGGGCCAGCAGGUGUGUCUACCUGUGGGCCCGCUCUGCUCCCUCUGCCUCAACCAGCACAGCUGCCCCUCCGCCCACCAGGCCUCCCCAGCCAAGAGGCCCAAAGCUGGGCCGCCCGGAUCACCCAGCCUCCCAGGACCCUCCACGUCCUCCAGGGUGAAGCUGGAACCCAAACAGGAAGGGGAGGGGCCGGGCUCGAACUUCAUCGACACACCCGCUUUCACCCGUGCCCGUAUAAGGAAGGGCACAGGUGGAAGUGGGCUUUGAUUGGACAACGGGUGGCACCGUUCAAGGAGAAUUUGAAAUGUCGUGAAAAAACUGUAAUGUACCUGAUAGGUACCUGUAAACUGUAAGGUUGUGUUUUGUACUGUGAAUACACGUUUUCUACUAAAUAAAAUAUCCCAAUGUUUACUUGCCGGAAAAUGAA